AACCCCAAAACAGCUACCAACAACUUGGCCACAUUACACUUGAGCAAGAUUCGCGCGAGUUGGCGAGUUGACGAGAAGUCUCCGAGUUAGUGUAUUUAAAAUAGUUUACCAACAACAACAACUACAACAACAUCAACAACAACAAUAUCAUCUCUUCAACUACUACUACAACAACACACAGCUGAGAGCGCGCCAAGAAAACAAGAAGAAGAAUCAAGCAUACACUGAGAGAAACGACUUAGCAAUUAAGAAAGAGAGUUUUUUGUAUGCCAAAAGAAUAGAAGAAAACAAAAUUUUGUAUAGCAACGGAGAGUACAACAAAAAAAACAGCAAUAAGAUACAGAGAGAGAGAGAGUGCAGAGAAGAAAGUAAGAACAAGAAGACGAAUCAGCAGCAGGCCAGCUGAGAGCGCUGAGCGCCAAUAAGGAGGAGAAGUGGGGAGUAGAUCCUCCCGAUAACUGCAACUACAACUCACCUCUAAUCAUCCCAAGAACUCACCACGACUCACCUCAUACCGCUCACCUUCGAUAGAUCUCGAGGGUGGCAUUUUUUUUGAAUCGAUAAUCGAGAAUCGAGAAAAGUGUUCACAACACACUCCCCAACUCUCAGGAUAUGUACGGCAACAAUAAUCCGGGUAGUAACAAUAAUAACGGUGGUUAUCCCCCCUAUGGUUACAACAACAAGUCGAGUUUGUGAUAAAAUGAUAAGCAAUAUGAAGAAUGUAAAGAAAGCAACGUAAAGAUACAUUUGUAUAAGAAACGCAUUUAAGAACCAAAGAUACACAUCUAAAGAGAAAGCGAAAAGAACAAAAAAAGAGCGAGCGCCAUGUGUGGGUCGAAAAAAAGGCUCUAGAUUGUUGGGAACUAUCUGUUGUAGUCUCCUUUUUUUUGGCACCACACCCCACACCCACACCACCUCACACCCCCACUGUUGUUGUGCAAGACACAGAUACAUAGAUGUAUCUGUAUCUGGGAAACUCGUUCGUGGCAAGAGGAUUAUAGAAACGGCCUAAAAACGUUCUCAUCGUGCGGCCUGUGCAACUUGAACAGUCUCACAAUGUACCGCGGUGGGCGAGGAUUCGGGAUGUCCCAUUCACUGCCCUCGGGAAUGUCGCGUUAUGCGUUUUCGCCACAGGAUACAGAAUUCUCAUUUCCAAGCUCCUCGUCGCGUCGCGGUUACAACGACUUCCCCGGCUGUGGCAUCGGUGGUAAUGGUGGCAGUGCCAAUUCCCUUGGCGGCGGCGGUGGCGGCAACAUGUGCAACCUGCCGCCCAUGACCAGCAACAAUUCGCUUAACAAUCUGUGCGGCCUGUCGCUGGGCAGCGGCGGCAGCGACGAUCACAUGCUUAAUGACCAGCGGCCGAGCAACACCAACCUGAUUGUCAACUACUUGCCCCAGGACAUGACUGACCGCGAGCUGUACGCCCUCUUCCGCGCCAUCGGGCCCAUCAACACGUGCAGAAUCAUGAGAGACUAUAAGACUGGCUACAGUUUUGGAUACGCUUUCGUGGACUUCACAUCCGAAAUGGACUCGCAGCGUGCGAUCAAAGUCCUCAACGGCAUCACAGUGCGUAACAAGCGGCUCAAGGUCUCCUAUGCUCGUCCCGGCGGGGAGUCCAUCAAGGACACCAACCUGUAUGUGACCAAUCUGCCGCGCACCAUCACCGACGACCAGCUGGACACGAUCUUCGGCAAGUACGGUUCCAUCGUCCAGAAGAACAUCCUGCGCGACAAGCUGACAGGACGCCCCCGCGGCGUGGCAUUUGUUCGCUAUAACAAGCGCGAGGAGGCACAGGAGGCCAUAUCGGCGCUGAACAACGUCAUACCGGAGGGCGGAUCCCAGCCCCUGUCCGUCCGGCUAGCCGAGGAGCAUGGCAAGGCGAAGGCGGCCCACUUUAUGUCGCAGAUGGGCGUGCCGGCGCCGAACGCCCCCCAGCCGCCGCCACCGCCGCCGCUGCCGCACAUGGCCGCCGGAUUCAACAGCAUGGUGCACAGAGACGGAGCUAUGGAAAAAUUACGCUCAUUAUUCGAUGCUAUAUGCGAUGCUAUAUUUGGUCUCGAUAGUGACAACUUUGCCGACUUGCUCGACGGCCUGUACCGCCGGAAGUACCACUAUCCCUACUUAUAAUUGACACCGCAACAGCAGCAGCAGCUCCUACAACAUCAGCAACAGGCGUUGGGCUUCCCCACUUCACCCAGUAAUGCGAUCGGUAAUGGCACCACCACUAGUAACAACAAUACAAGCAAUAGCAAUAGCAACAGCAACAACAGCGAGAACAACAACAUGCUACUCUUUCACCAACAUUACCAUCAGCAACAGCAAGACCAACAGCAACUACAACGCCUGGGAAGCGCUGCUGCUCACAGCCUGAGUCCGAGUGGAAGCCAGAACCCCCCCAUGAAUCACCAACACCCCAACACCAGUCCCAAUCACAUUAACUUCAACAGCAUUCGUCAGAACGGAGUGGCUGCGCUCCACUACCUGCAGGAGCAGCUGCAACUGCAAUCUCCACCUCCCUUCCAGCAGCAGCAGCAGCAGCAGCAGCAACAGAGGAGUGGUCAGCCGCAACAGAACCAGAGUCCAAGCAGCGGUGGCAGCUUGCUGGCCAUCAGCAAUCACAACAAUGGCCACAGCAACACCAACACCAACAGCAACAGUAGCUUCAACAACAACAGCAGCAAUUGCAACAAUUACCACAGCAACUACAGCAACAGCAACAGCUUCUCCAACAGUUACUCCAACAACUUCACCAACAACUCUGCGCACCUCGACCUGGGAUUCGGGCCGAUGACCACCUCGGAGCGAGAGCUGCACAAGCAGACCCUCAAGUUGCAGGAGUUGCACAUCAGCAGCAGCUACAACAACGCGAGCAACACCAACAACAGCCACUCCAACAACACAACAACGGCGACUCUGACUUCAACAACAUCCACAACUUCAACAACAACAUCCACAAACCCCACAAACGCUGGCUUCCUGUGGCGUACAUAGCCCGAUAAUUGGGAAGUGUUAGGAGAUGAAGGCAAUCUUUAAGUAAUAUAAUCAGAACUAAUAUAUAGCAGAAGUAUAUAUUUGAGUAUGAUGGUGGAGGAGACCGUGGAGAGACCAUCGUAGUAUCAUCCAUACACUACCAUACAAGCAACCCAAAUUUUUAUGUUCUCAAACCCCAAUUACUAUAUAUAUUUUUUUUUUGUAUGUUCCUCACUGAUAUCCUUAUGUUUUAGUUAGUUUUUUUUUCAUUUUUUGUGCUUUUUUUUUGGGAGGAAUAUUUUUUUUCUUUUUGUAACUAGCUGUAAGGCAAGACACGUAUAUAUGUGUACAAAUCAUUCGUAACUAUAUAUAAUGAAAGUAUAUAUAAUUGAAUGCGACUCGGAGGACGAUGAAGGAGGCGAACAAUUUUUUUUGCUUAAACUUAGAAAAAAAAAAGAACCGAAACUAUGAGAAACAAUUUUUUUGUCACAUAUUUAUAACGUAUAUCCAUAUAAAACUAUAUACAAAAAAACAAACAAAAAAAACGAUAAAAAAAAUAAGAAAAAUAUAUAAAUAUAUAUAUACAAACAACACAUAUACACAUUAUAUAUCUAUAACUAUAUAGCAUGUACUUGUAGGCGUGAAAGCAUAAGCUCUGAUUGUUUUUUUUUUCUCUGUGUCUGGAAACUGAUUUUUUUGGCGCGAACUAUGACGCAACAACGUACACGGGCAACAGUCGUGUAUGUUUAUAGCUGAAGUUAAUAAUGCAGAUAUACGAGCAUAUAUUCUUUUUUUUUUUUUUUAAAUAAUAAUUUAUGAAUCCAAUUUUUUUGUCUACUUUAUAACAUAUGUAAUUGUAACGGAACGGCUAGACAGUUGGGCAUGCUCAAGUUUUCAGGCUGUUUAUCGAUUAAAAUACACUAAAAUACACAAAAACGAAACGAAAAUACUUAGAUAGAAGGUAUAGAAAGGAUAGAAGGGAUAAAAAGCUCUAGAGCAGGACUAGAAGUGUAGGCGAGGAUGAGAGACCCAGACAAAAUUACACUGCAAGACCACUUUUUUUUUUUUAAUAGCUAUAAUGAAGUAUAUACGUUUUUUUUUUUACACUAAAUAUAAAUACUUUUUUUUCAAAUCCAUUUUUUUGUUUAGUUUAUAUGACGAAAAAAACUUGAGCAUGUUGCAACAACAAAAACAACAAAAAAACAAAACAACAAACGAUUAAGAAAACGUGAUAAAGAGCCCGAUAAAACGUAAAUCAGAAGAGAGGACAGUGCAGGAGGAACGAAGGAUAAAAGUGAAAUGAAAAGGAUGCGGUAAAGGAACAGAAAACAUAAGAAAAAAUCACUUCAAAUUAUAGACGCCAUGGGCAGGAUCUGAAGGCGUGUCCUGGCUGAAAAAUGAACCUACAUUUUAAUUUAAACUCUUCUAAACCAUACUAUUGUUUUAUGUUUUUAUUUUAUUGUUUAUUGUUUUUAAUUUUGGAAAAAUUUUUAAUUUCUUCUUAACAACCCCAUAACGAUUUUCAUAUGUUCGGCCAGGGAGUCGCUAACAGCCCCUGCCCAUUUGAAAGGAGAAUACAACUAUUUUUUUUCGGUGUAGGUGCAUAAAACCACUUCAAAAUUAUGCGAUAUAUUCAUAUUUUUAUUCAUUACAAACACGAAAAUUGUAAAAGUUUUAAUUUGUUACACAAAACCUUUAUUUUCUGAAUUACAAUUUUAUUUUAUAUUUUAUUACUCUGUCUCUGGCUUAAAAAAACCUUACGAAGAAUAUUUAAGACAACUUAAUAAACAUUUUCACCAAAAAGAA